UGCGCCUGCUGCAGAAUGACGCAACGUGGAACAGGGAUUUCCACAGCAUAAUAAUGGUGGUCUGGGACUACUGACGUCCAGAUACAGUGAACAGACAUGUCAUAGUAUUUGAAACCAGACUUAAAAACUAUCCACAGGGUGAGAGAAAAGUCGAGGAAAAUGGAGCUGACUUUGUUCGGUUUACUUCAAUUGUUGGUGUUGGGAGCAAUUGUGGCUCUAGUUUUGGUUGUGAUCUUCAUCUACAUGACCACAGACCCCAAACCAGACACAAGACGUUAUGACAGUGAGAAAUACUUUGUUGAUCCGACAGCAGGGAGCGAUCAGAAGCAUCCUUUUCCAAGCUUAGGAGACGGAGCGUCCUUGGACCUGUCAGUCAUUGUGCCGUCUUACAAUGAGGAAUUGAGAUUGCCAGUAAUGUUGGAUGAAGCCAUUGGGUUCUUAGAAAACAAACAGAAGGAGAAGAAGUCAUUUUUAUACGAAGUCAUUGUCGUUGAUGAUGGAAGUAAAGAUUCAACAACCAAGGUUGCUUUGGAGUACUCCAAGAAGUAUGGCACAGACCGAGUACGGGUUCUAACGCUGGCCAAGAACAGAGGCAAAGGGGGUGCCGUCCGACUGGGCAUGCUCAGUGCAAGGGGCAGGAACGUUCUCUUUGCUGAUGCAGACGGGGCCACCAAGUUUGCCGACCUUCAAAAGUUGGAAGAGAGUUUGAAGAAAAUCAAUACAAAAGAGGACAAUAUGGCCAUUGUUUGCGGAUCGAGAGCCCACUUGCAGGACGAAGCUGUUGCACAGCGUUCCUUUUUCCGGACCGUUCUGAUGUACGGCUUCCAUUUCUUGGUCUGGUUCCUCUGCGUGCGCGGCGUGCGGGACACGCAGUGCGGCUUCAAGCUAAUGACGCGCGAAACCGCGGCCAGACUAUUCACCAAUCUCCAUGUCAACAGAUGGGCCUUCGAUGUAGAGUUAUUGUAUCUAGCUCAAGCACUGAAGAUCCCUACAGCAGAAGUUGCCGUCAACUGGCAUGAAAUUGAUGGAUCCAAGAUGGUACCAGUCUUCAGCUGGAUUCAGAUGGGCAAGGAUUUAAUAUUGAUCCGGCUGAGAUACAUGCUAGGAGUGUGGCAAAUCCAUGACAAAGUUAAGCUACAGUAAGACUACAAGAAGAGGGUAGUACCUUUUUAUAAUUGCUGCUUCAAACCACUGACCUUGUGGUGAAUAAUUCCAUCCCCAAAAACACCCAUGUGCACAGGAACAAACAUAUAGCACUGUGUACACGUAAUAAAUACUGAGGAACAACACGCAUUGUUGCCCAAAGCAAGUGUGUGCAUUCAGUGCUUAGUUGUUGCAGCUCGAUGUGCAUCUUUGUUGCUGCUGCUGCUGUUAGAACUUCAAUUUUCAACAUUUUUACUCAGAACUCUGGUGCUACUUGUUUUGGGGAUGGAUUUCUAUAACCGAUUUUGUUUUAACUGCAGAUAUUGCAAGUAUUAUUUACUUCUUUACUUAACAGGGGUGAGAUUGGGAGGGGGGUUUGGAAAUGAAAAAGAAAAAUCCAUGAAAUUAUCAGUAGAGGGUUUGAGGGUCACUGAAGGACCUAGAGCAAAGUAGGGUCUAUGGUAUAUGUUUGUAAUUGCUUUAACCAGUUUGUGUCGGAGGACGCGAUAACACGCACUGGCUGUUCUUAUACACAGACACGGCUGACGGGUUAAGACGUCAAGAUUGCCUUGACUUGCUAAUCCGUCGUGAAUUUUGUUCACACACACACGAAGUCUGUGGAGGCGGACCGUGUUUUGAUCUUGAAUUGACCAUUGUGCACGGCCUAUUGUACAUUUUACGCU